GCUGGGGCUGGCUGGGGUGGGGAUUGUGGCGGCGAGUGUGGCGGGCGCAUUGGGUGUGGUGAGCUGGCUGGGGCUGUGGUGCACGCUGAUUAUCAUGGAGGUCAUCCCCUUCCUGGCGCUGGCGGUCGGGGUGGACAACAUGUUCGUGCUGGCGCAUGCGCUGGGGAAACAGGCCCACUCCCUCCCCCCCGCCGAGCGUCUGGCCGCCUCCCUGUCCUCCGCCGGCCCCUCCAUCACCCUCGCCGCCUGCUGCGAGGUGGCCGCCUUCACGCUGGGCGGCUGCCUCACCGGCAUGCCCGCGGUACGCAACUUCUCACUGGCGGCGGCGGCAGCAUUGGCUCUGGACUUUGGACUGCAGGUGACGGUGUUCGCGGCGCUGCUGGUGUUGGAUGUGCGGCGAAUGCGGGCGGGGCGGCUGGACUGCUGCCCCUGCGUGAGGCUGGGGGGAGGGGCGGCAGGGGUGGGGGAGCAGCGGCGGCAGCGGGAGGGGGACGUGGCGGGUCCGCACACCCCGCCUGCCCCUGCGGAGGCCAUGGAGUACGGCAGCAAACAGCCGCAGCAGGGUGAUGGGGGGGACGAGGAGGAUGCCGCUGCGCCGUGCACCGUGGCCACCAGCAGCAGCGAGGAGGGCGAGGAGGGUGAGGUGGACGAGCGGUCGUACUGGUCGCUACAGCGAGUACUGCAGGCCUACUUUGACCGUGUGCACGCUCCGCUGCUGAGCCGACCCGUGGUUCAGUGCGGGGUGCUGCUGCUGUUCGCCGCCACACUGUUCGCCAGCCUGGCAGCCAUACCCUACCUGCAGGUGGGUCUAGACCAGGCAGUGGCACUGCCUCGGGACUCCUACCUGCAGCGGUACUACCGCGACCUGCUCCAGCAGCUGCGGGUGGGUCCGCCGCUGCUGCUGGUGGUGCGCGACCUGGACCUGCGGCCGGAGGCGGGGCAGGUGGAGCGGCUGUGCGGGGUGGCGGGGUGCGCGCAGGACUCGCUGGCGAACAGGGUGUCCGCUGCCGCCCGCGACCCCGCCUCCUCCUUCAUCUCCGCCUCCGCCGCCUCCUGGCUGGACGACUUCAUGACCUGGCUCUCACCCGACCUGCCCGCAUGCUGCAGAACCAACGAGGCGGGCGGGGUAGCUGCCAGCUACUGCCCCCCGCCCGACCAGCCCCCCUGCAACGGCAACUCCUCCGCAUGCGCCUCCUGCCACACCUGCGUGCAGGCGGCAUUCACAGGCGGCCGCCCCUCCGUGCCCCAGUUCCAGACCUACCUGCCCUGGUUCCUGGCCGCCCGCCCUUCCGAGCAGUGCGCCAAGGCGGGGGUGGGCGCCUACAGUGACGCGCUGCAGCGGGCGCAGCUGGACGACCCAAC